CAGUAGUGCGCAUGUUAAACCUUUUGUCAUUGUGCGACUUACAUCUCCGAGCGAUGGGCCUCCUCUACCUAGUUGGCUUGGCUUCCUUAGCCGCCAUCACUUCUACUGACGCCAAUUCGCCUAUUGUAACCUCGAGCGUACAGUCCCCUAAAGUUUCCAAUUGGUCAUCUAGUACGUCUGUUGUCUCCACGACGAGAUUCUUGAGAACUAGCGACACCGACGAUGAAGAAAGCGAAGAGAGGGCGGGACUCUCCGUACCUGCCUCUGAAAAGCUCAAAUCCUGGUUCAUGUCUUCGAAUGUAAACCCACGACAGCUUCAGAAGUGGCUGAAUGAAGGGAAAUCAGGAGAAACGGUGUUCACGCGCAUGCACCUUACCAACGUCGGCUCUUUGUUGUUCUACGAUCCCCAGUUUAAGACCUGGCUCCAAUACGUCGACGAUCUAAAUGCCAAAACCUAUCAGAAAAGAACGCCAGCGAUAUCGGUACUGACAACUCAGUACGGCGACGAUGCGCUAUACAAGAUGAUUGAAGACGCUAAAAUGAUCCCGCGGAUGAAGGAACUCGCCUCGAAAUUGCAAGCUGAUCAAAUGGAUCACUGGGUGGCUGUUGCAAAAGAUCCCGAUGAGGUCUUCCAUUUGUUCAAGCUUGACAAGCUCGGUAAAACACGGAUGAAAUUAUUCAGCAGCCCAGAAUUCGCAGCUUGGGCUAAGUACAUGGACGAUUUGAGCAUGAAUAACCCCGAGAAAGCGAGGCCCAUGAUCUCGACGCUGCGGCAACACUAUAGAGACGUCGAUUUACUUACAAUGGCCGAGUCGGUGAAGAGCGUGGAAGCGACCAAAAGUAUCGCUACAAGGCUGGAGACUGAAGUGAUCAAGGACUGGGCAGUCAGCCGUAAAACACCGGACAAAGCGCUGAGAGACCUUGACCUUGACAAUGCUGAUACACUUUUGAAAGAUCCACUGUUCAACUUUUGGGCCAAGUACGUAGAUGUUUACAAUGCGAGAUACCCAGAAGAGAAAAUGACAAUGAUCAAGACGCUGACGCAGAAAUUUGACGAUAAUAACGUGGCGAAGAUGAUUAACGCAGCGAAGGCGAACGAUGCCACAAAGGAUAUCGCAGCGAAACUAGAAAUGGCGCAGCUCCAGAUGUGGCUACACGACCGGAGGUCAGUCGACGAUGUGUUGGUACGGCUGUGGAUUCACACAACAGAGAAUGACUUCCUUGGCAAUCCACUGCUUAACACGUGGGUCGCAUACAUGAAUACUGUCAUCACUGAAAAUCCCACCAAGGUAUCUUCUAUAUUCUCAGUAUUGGAGACUCGCUAUAGUGACAAGGCUCUGCUCCAAAUUCUCGAAGUAGCGAAGGGGUUUCCCAGCAUGAAGAACACUGCAACUAAGAUGCAGAAGAAGAAGAUCCAAGCAAUUUUUGCCAGGUGGGAAUUACCCAGUAAGGCGUUCGGUCUUCUAGGGCUUGACCGUACCGGGGAUAACAUUCUCAGCACUCCACUAUUCCGGAGGUGGAUGCAUUACGUGGAGAUAUUUAACAAGAAGAACCCGGAUCGCCAAGAGUCCUGGAUUGAUCCCAUUCGUUUUAACUACGGUUGGUCCGGGGUCGAAGGAGCGAUCAAGCAGGCGAUGAAGAAUCCAAAGUCGGUGAAUAUCGCGAAACAGGCGGAGAGUGCGUGGCUGGAUACAUGGCUAGACGCUGCAAAGCCCCCUGAAGAUGCGUUUCGCUUCUUGCACCUUGACAACGUAUUUGAAAAUAGUCUCAGCAGUCCAAAGUUCGCGACGUGGGCCAAGUAUCUCGAUGACUUCAAUAAACGAUAUUCCGAGCAGAAAACGACAAUGAUCGAUGGACUCAGGGCGAACUACAACGACAGAUGGUUACUGCGGAUAUUUGAUGCUGCCAAAAGCGACCUCAACACGGAGAAACUUGCAGCAAAUUUGCAGAAUGCGCUUGUUGAUACAUGGCUUGCUGCGAAGAAGAAACCGGCAGAUCUUAAACGGAUGCUUAAUGGCGUGCCGACAUCGGAUCAAAUGAUUGAGCGAUAUGUCAAGAAGUUUGACGCGCUGUUGGAGAAUUCAUAAUAGGGAAAACUUGUCCAUUCCCGCGCAGAUUUUCUGCAAAAACAUCAAAAGGAUAUUGUUCCUUACAGAAGGAACUUAUACUGGGAAUACCUUUAGGUAUGGACAGACCUCAACAAAUUAAAUCCACGGUACUGUGUAACUCGCUCGAUGUUAUCUCACUCAAUAUUCAGCUGACAUCACAAUGUAAGCUGAACAUUGAGCAAAAGUAGCUUGUUCAAAGCAAUUUUUGACAGCGGAUAGUUAAGGGCUAACGGGCUUUGGUCGGGAAGUAUCGCAGGAUUGUUACCCACGCUGUUUUUCCUUUGUGAGCGUGUCGAAGUCUAACCUACUUGAACUCGCGAGGGCUUGACAUCUGCCGUGCGUCCGGCGGGGCAUUUCGUGAGCCAAAGGAGAAGCGUCGCAGUUCGUCGCUGUGGUAAUACAAUUGGUGACAAAAUACCACCGCAUUGAAACAGUAUAAUUUAGCACGUUUAGGAUUAAAAAUGCAGCAUUAUCUAAUCUCCCAUGACG